AAAGUCAAGAGGUUGAAUCGUGGCCCCAACUCAUCCAACAUUGCCACAACAUGAUGUGUGUUGUUUUGAUGAGCCCAGAUCCUGCUUCGAGACCAGUGGCUCCCAAACUUUUCUAUGCGCCACAGCCCUAGAAAAUGUUUAAUUAAUGUUUGCGCCCUCAACAAAAGUCACUGUGACUUGUGACUCAUCACUUAGGGACACCAGCCCCCCUUUGGUGCUUCCUCUGAAAUACUGUCGUGCAUGAGUUAGGAACUCAUGAUCUGGGUUGUGGUUGUUGAACAAACCAUGAUUAAACCUGCCACAGUUUGGUGCAAGCUGUGAACCAGGUCUGAAUGCUUUAGAUGCCACCUUGGACCAAUGUCACUGUUUUGUUUGACUCUGUGAGGUUUUUUGCAAAACCUAUCAAGCUUGAAGCCCAUUUUUGGAUGAAGCUCUUUGUGUCAUCUGCAGAAGACCGAAAGUGGUGUUCAGGACAACCAUCUUGUUUUGCUUGCUUGCUUUCUAUAAAUAGCAAACCCACCCAGCACUCUUUGAAGAAUAAAAGAAAUGUCGUUCUGGUUGGAAAUUGAGUCAGGAGGGGUGUGGCUCCUUAAAAUAACACAUUCUACCACACGCUUAAACAAUUCAGGGCAAAUCAGAUGUCUAGGUGGGAUUAAGCAUGCAAUGGAUUUGCGCUCCUUGAGUCUCUCUAUGCCGUUGCACAGACGCUGGGGAAACCUAAUCUUCUACGUGAGGCCUGUUUCGCCAUGUAACUUGAGCUAUGCUCCAUUAAAAUGAGAUUAUUCUGAUUUUGAAACAAGCAAAGAAGAAUCUGCUUAGAGCACAGGGACAAUUGACCAUAAAUGAAACCACAAGCCAGAAAGAUAUUGAGUGGCUUAUGAAAAUGGAAAGGUGAUUCACAUUUUCAUGCCAUUGUGCGUCUCCACCCAUGAGGUCAUGCUCAUGUCAGUCUGCAGAUCAGCUCAUUGCUGGCAAAAUGGCACCUGAGAGCAGACGGCAUAGAUGGGAUCCCAAAAAGAAAUUACUGUAAAAAGGAAUGAAAAUCCAGGACCUGGACUUUAUAAUAUCACCCACCAAUCUCUGCUUCUCAACGAUGUCUCCCAGUCUCGGAAAGGAACCUGUUUUUUCCCUUCCUUGGAUGUCCGGAUCGCUCACCAGAGAAUUCCCAACUAUCCUGCUUCAAAUGCCUAUGACAUCCCACCUACUCUGCAUUCCAAGAAAGACUUCAGCUUGGGGUACUCUAGCAUGUUUCAUCCACCAUUUGCCAGGAAGAUUCCCAAAAAGGCCACGCCAGCCCCCAACCAAUACAAUGUUUCAGUGGAUCUCUGCAAACAGAACCGCAAACUCGGUGCCAAGUCUGUCUUCUCAUCAAAAACAAAACGGACUUUGUCGUACAGCUGUCAGGAACGAGUACCUUCUCCAUGUCACUACCGGAUUAAAGACUCCCUAAUAAGAGUGUCUCCUCCAGUGCUGGUGUCCUGCUUUAGAUCCAAAACGGGUCGUACAAUCAACCCAGAAACCCUGAGCCCAGGACCAGCAGCCUAUCAGCAGCCAGUUGAAACCUCAGUUGGACCAUCAAAGAGAUUCUCUGGAUUGAGGAAGUGCAUCUUGAAUUUCUCAGUCCCAGCUGUCCCUCCCCCUCAAAAUCCUCCUUUACCAGGGCCUGGCCAAUAUGACAUAGUGGACUACAGUGGACCUCCUAAGCACUACAUCUCCAGUGCUGUAUUCGUCUCAAACACACGCCGCUGGGCAGGUGAUAAAUUACAUCAAGGCAUACCUGGACCAGGGACUUACAACCUCUCUAUUCCACGAAAACAAUCCUUCAUGUAUAACGUCAGCAACAAAUGGGUGCCAGUAUUAUAAAGGAAGAGAUUCCACAAGCCCAGCCAUACCAACUGUGGCCCUGGAUGAAUGAGUCAAGAUCUGCUCACAGCCCAUUUUUCUUGGAGUCAAUUUAGCUUUCUGCAGCAAUGCCACAACAUCUGAUUUGUGGAGUUCUUGGUGUUGGCUGAGCUUGGUGGUUUGCUUGCAGAUGUUUCCUUACCCAACUAGGUGGCAUUGUCUGUGUAAGAUGAUGAUGUUACCUGGAACUGAUGAGGUGACUUACUUGGGUCAUGAAAUGUCUGCAAACAAACAAACCAGGAACUCCACAAUUCAACCCCUGAGCUACAGAUAUCCCCUUCUGUUGGAUUCCUGAAUUGUCCCUGAUGAAAGAGAUGUGGCUUAGAUUCAUGGUAGGAAGAGAUUUUAGUUGCCCCCAAGUUUCUUCCCCAAGAACAAGGGAUGGCGUACCCACAAAACACACACAGGGGAUGAUAAAAGUUGCGAUCCACUGCAACACCAGGGGUUCUACGGGAGGAAAAAAAA